AUGGCUCUAUUUCCCCGCAUGUCAGUUUUCCGACCACCGGUACGUACUUAUCAUCAGGAAUUUUCGCCAUUCCUCUCACUGUUCAAUGACACUUUUAGCGAGCUGCAGCGUCUGUCUGACAGCUUACCUGUCGCAACAACCUCAUUCUCACCCAAGUUCGAUGUAAAAGAGACUAAAGACGCGUACGAACUGCAAGGCGAGUUGCCUGGCAUUGAACAUAAGAACUUGGUGAUCGAAUUUUCCGACGAUCAUACCCUGUUGAUCAAUGGACGCACAGAGCAUACACGGGAGGAAGCGCCCGUUUUCGGUGAGCAGCAGAAGGAUGAUCAAUCUGACGCGACGACCGAGCAGAGCACAGAGGUUGCGACCACGGGCUCUAAAGAAGUGGCAAAGCAGGCAGGCCAGCAGCAGACCUAUUGGGUAUCCGAGCGCAGCGUCGGCGAGUUUUCACGCUCCUUCAGUUUCCCGCAACGAGUCAACCAGGACGCGAUUAAGGCAAGCUUGAAGAAUGGCAUCUUGAGUGUUGUAGUUCCCAAAAUCGGCCAACAAACCACGAGGCGCAAGAUUGAGGUCGAAUCAGAAUAG